ACUGUGAGUUCUAGUCCCACUUCAGCAUGAAGCCAGCUGGACCAGUCACACUCUCUCAUCCACAGGAAGGAGGAAGUGGCAAACCAUUCCAAAAAUGUUGGCAAGAAAACUGCAGGGGCUUGGAGUCAAGACUGACUCAAAGAACAAAGCAUAUAUCUGGAUCUCCACGACAUAAAGGCUUGAAGAAAGUACAUUUCAUCAAGAAUAUGAGGCAAUACGACACACGGAAUAGCAGGAUAGUACUAAUUUGCGCUAAACGAACUCUUUGUGUGGCUUUUUCUAUCCUGCCCUAUGGAGAGAACUUAAGGAUCAGCGAGCUGAGAAUUGAGGGACAGAAGCAGAGACAUCCGUCUGGGGGAAUUUCAUCCACUUCUGAGAUGGUGCUAGGGUUGGAAGGAGUGGAGCUUGGAGCUGAUGGAAAGGUGGUGUCCUAUGCAAAGUUCUUGUAUCCAACCAAUGCUCUUGUUGGCCACAAAAAUGAUGCCCUCGGUGCGAUCUCCGUGUGUCGAGCGACUGCGGCCCGGACUGCUGGUGGAUCAAGGUACAAAGUUUCAACAGCCAAAACAAUACCUUCCACAGCAGAUCUUGGAAACGAGGUGGGAGAGUUAGCAGAGUACAACCCCAAUUUGCUUGACGACCCGCAGUGGCCGUGUGGGAAACACAAGCGCGUCCUCAUUUUUGCAUCAUACAUGACCACCGUGAUCGAAUACGUAAAGCCCUCAGAUCUUAAAAAGGAUAUGAAUGAAACAUUUAAAGAAAAAUUUCCUCAUAUCAAGCUCACCCUAAGCAAAAUCAGAAGUUUAAAGAGAGAAAUGCGGACCCUGAGUAUGGAGUGCAACCUGGAGCCGAUUACUGUGUCCAUGGCUUACGUCUACUUUGAGAAGCUUGUCCUUCAAGGCAAGCUCAACAAACAGAACCGAAAACUGUGUGCUGGUGCUUGCGUGCUGCUCGCCGCCAAGAUUAGCAGUGAUCUCAGGAAACACGAAGUCAAACACCUUAUUGAUAAGUUGGAAGAAAGAUUCCGAUUCAACAGACGAGAUCUCAUUGGAUUUGAAUUUACUGUUCUUGUGGCUUUGGAGUUAGCUCUUUACCUUCCUGAUAACCAAGUGUUACCUCACUUCCGUCGCCUCACACAACAGUCCUAGUCAAAGCUGCACUGUAACACAAGCACCAAUCCUUGGGUGGAUUUGGGGACUGGCAACUGGCUUUUCCUGGGCCACAGGAUUGAACAGUGUUAAGAAUAUUCCUGACAUGGAGUCGAUGGUGGGAUUUUCGUAGAACUACCAAAGUGGAAAGGAUAAUACAGAGUCCAUGUGUGAGAAGUGGCAGAAGUGGGAGAUUUUUGUUUGAGAAACUAAAGCACAAAUGAUUUCCAUCCAGUUGCCACUAAAGUUGCUGAUUAUCCUUCAUUUAACUUUUUUCUUUGUUUGUUUUUGGAAAACAAUUUGUUCUUUCUGCCAAGCAUUGCUACUUUGUCAUUUCCUUAUUCUCUUUUUUUUUCCCCUCUUCCUUGAACUUAAAAGAGCAUCACUUCCAUUCCUUAAUUAGCGAAUUAGCGCUGGUGAAAAUUCUCCUACAUUUCGAGCCGUGAAAACUUGGGGAGGGGGAGAAGAAGGACGUGCCUAAGGCUGGGCUGGUACCAGUCUCUCUUUUUCUCUUUCUCUUUUCUAAAGUUAAGUUACUUAGUGGCAAAUGCUGAACUUAAGCAGCAAUUUAUCCUUUUGCCUUUAUUUAUCUUGUGCUGUAAGGAAAAAAUUCCAUUGUAUCUGCACUCUCAUUUCUGGGAAGGUUGUCUGUGUAGAUUAUUCAGUUUUGUUUUGUUUUGUUUUGAACUGAGACAUAUGACUGAAAUGUUGCACUUGUUGAACAAGGAGCUAUAGCAAAACAGUCUUCAUUUUAACUUGUCCCCCAGAGGUUGAGUGAAGCCAUUGAUUUAUGGCAGUAAUUUUGACUUGCAGCUUCCAGAACUAACGUCUUUUUGUUAUCGCAUUCUGUAGCCUGAAAGUAAUAACUGUUUUAUUUAUAACAAUAUGUUCAUAUAUUGUCUUUCCUGUGUGCUCCUGACAUGUAAAUGUCUCAGGCGGUACAGCUGUUGUUAUCUAAAUUAAGCCAAUGAAACUCAGCAUGUCUGACUUCUGUAAAACUUUUUUUUAAAGGUUCUUCCAAGCUUUUUGUCACUGUGAUGUUCCUCACAAACCUGAUUUUCAAUGCACAUUCAAACCGCCAACCUUAUAAAGGCCAAUGUCUAGCAGUGUGGCGGGUAGACACAGGUUUUUAUACACUUGGCCAAUACUUUGAUUUAAGCAUUCAGAUGCUAAAAUAUGAACUGUAUGAACUCUUGAGACUAUGAGAGGAGUCAAUGGCUGUCAGGUUUUUUUUCCUAAGCAAUAUUGUGAUAUAAAUCAAAGUGUAUGUGUGUGUGAUAUUUGCCAGUGAACAAAAUUACUACUUGGGUAUUGUGAUUAAUGUCCACACUCUUACUUUUUUAGUGUAACUUUGGCCAGUUUUAGUGAGAUAGAGAGAGAAAUAUCUUGCAAAAUCAGAUGCAGAAGUGUGGAAUGUACCACUGCAGGUGUGAAAUCACAUUUUGAGCACAGGCACACUGCUACCAUCAUGACAAUGUACAGUAAACAAAGCACACCGGGGAGAAAUUUAGAGAACAAAUUCUCUCUGAUAAGCUAUUUUAUUACAGCAAUUGCUGUUUAACAAAGGCAUUUAAACAUAUAGCCACACUCAUGGUUGAAUCUUAAGUGGUACAGUCAACUUUUCUGGGCUGUGGAAACUGAGCCUCUUACUAAAACAGAGCUUUUAUGCCUUCUAGUACCUAGAUUGCCAUAAAUUUUAACUUGGAAAUACAUAUACUUUGGGCUGAAAAGUUGCAAAGGGGGUUAGAAACAUCUGAAAUGAAGGGAGAGAAGAAUAGUAGAACCCAAGAAGGCAUUAUUUAGCAUGAAGAGUCUUGAUUUAUUCCUGACUUUCUUGCACUUACGCAUGAAUGAAAACUAGUUGGAAAAAUAUUUUUAUCCAAAGCCAGCUUGUUGUUGAAAUUUGAGCCAACCCAGUUGAGAAUGCCUUUCUAAUCAUGGCUUGAAAAUUAAUGCACCUCAUCUUAUUUAUAAUACCAGUCAGGUCCUAAUUGUAGCAUUUUUUGAUAUAAUAUAUAAUAGCUUAACUAUUGCUGAAAAUAUAAGAUGUGGUAUGUUGCAUUUCUUUAUGGAUUUUCACAGUGUAGGAUGCCAUUCAGUUUUUUCCAGGAAACUUCAGAAAUAAUGGUGUGGGGUGUUAAAGCACCUGAACUGAAAGUGACAGAUUUUUUUCCACUAUUCUUCCAAUCUUGUUAAACAAUACUAACCUAAACACAACUGACUUGAAUUGCUACACUGUGCUCUGAAAUAGUUGCCAAGUUAGUUUUCCAACUAAGGCAGGUAUUACCUUUUCCAAGCAGAUAUAAUGGUCAAAAGGCCGCUUGAAAAGGCUGUCAUAAUUAAACUCUGAAAUUUAAUUUUGUCUUUGGGAAAAUGUACUGUUUCGUUAAAACAUUUACUAGUAUGCAGGCACUGGGACAGGUAAGUUCUACUGCAGCUGGUUGAACUUGCUGUGUUCCGGAGGCCCUUAGUAUAGCUUCUAGGAGUUGG